AUGGGAGAAGUCCAGCUGAAGCCCAAGGUGAACGUCUCUUCCUACGUCCACUUUUUGUUGAAUUUCAGAAACAAACUCAAGGAACAGCAGCCAAAUACCUACCUUGGUUUUAAAGAGUUCUCUAAAAAGUGUUCAGAAAAAUGGAGAUCCAUCUCAAAGCAUGAAAAGGCCAAAUAUGAAGCCCUGGCCAAGCUCGACAAAGCCCGCUAUCAGGAAGAAAUGUUGCACUUCGUUGGCAAGAAGAAAAAACGUAGAAAACGGGACCCCUUGGCCCCCAGACGGCCUCCAUCAUCCUUCCUGCUCUUCUGCCAAGAUCACUAUUCCCAGCUGAUGAAGGAGAACCCCACCUGGUCAGUGGUGCAGGUAGCAAAGGCCAGUGGGAAGAUGUGGUCUACAGAAACAGAGAUGGGAAAGCAGCCAUAUGAACAGAAAGCAGCUCUCUUGAGAGUGAAGUACUUUGAGGAGCUUGAAGUCUAUCGGAAGCAAAACCAUGGCAUGAAGAAAAUCCUGGCUAAGAACCAGCAGAAAGGCAAAACUGUGUUGGGAAAAACGGAUACAUCCAGUCCAAAAAAAUAA